AGAGAGAAUGAGGGAGGGACUAGUAUAGACGGGCAGCAGCGCCAGCACGAUGGGAAACUCCAGCUCACCAGGUUCCCGCGACCCCUCUCCCGAGAGAUACCCCGGGCCGGGGGAGAGAGAGCCCAGACCCGGGGAGAGAGACCCCCUGCCCAGGGAGGGCGGCUCCGGCUCCGGCCCCGACCCGGGUUCCAGGGACGAUCCGAUCCCGUUCCGGGAGCAGCGCUUCGAGCUGAUCCGCCGCGAGUGUCUGCGGGACCGGCGCCUGUUCGUGGAUCGCACCUUCCCCGCCGACGCCACCUCCCUCGGCUCCAUGUCCGUGCCCGGGGUACAGUGGGUGCGGGCCACGCAACUCUUUAAACAUCCUCAGUUCUUUAUCGACUCCUUCAGCACCACGGACAUAGUCCAGGGGAGUUUGGGUGACUGCUGGUUCCUGGCGGCCAUGUCCUCUCUGACGCUCGACGCCAACCUCUUCAACUAUGUGGUCCCCAACGACCAGAGCUUCCAGGAGAACUACGCCGGCAUCUUCCACUUCCGGUUCUGGCAGUUUGGGAGAUGGGUGGAGGUUGUUGUCGAUGACUUUCUCCCCACUCAGAACCAACACCUGAUCUUCACCGCCUCUUCCACCUGGAGAGAGCUGUGGAGCGCUCUGCUGGAGAAAGCCUACGCCAAGUUACACGGUUCCUACUCCAUCCUGUCGGGGGGACGGGUGUCGGAGGCUAUGGAGGACUUCACUGGUGGUAUUGCCGUGUCCAUGGAGAUGGCCAACACCAAACCCAAGGAGCUGUGGUACAUGGUGAAGCAAGCUCUCAACAAACAGACUAUGAUCUCCUGCUCCAUCGAGGCCGACAGCUCGGGAGAGAUGGAGACAAAACGACCUUUGGGCUUGUUGGCCGGGCAUGCCUACUCCAUCGUAGCUGCGGAUAAGGUCAGCCUGUCGAACGCUGCCGUGAAACUCUUCCGACUGAGAAAUCCGUGGGGCCGCAAGGAAUACAACGGACCCUGGAGCGACAGGUCGACCGUGUGGAAUGAGGUGAGCCAGGAGGAGAAGAUCAGGCUCAAGCUCAAGUUCAACGAGGAGGGUGAAUUCUGGAUUCCCGCCAAUAUACUGGUGGAGCAGUUCAGCGAUGUGGAGCUGUGCAGCCACGACCCCAUGUGCGACCACAACAAGGAGUGUGUGUGGGGAAUCACCAACCACGAGGGCAUGUGGAUGGCAGGGAUCAGUGCCGGCGGCAACCUCAGCAAAGACACGUUCUCCCGCAACCCGCAGUACCGGCUGCAGCUGCUGGAGGAGGACGAGGAGUCGCACGGGGGCUCGCCGGCCUGCACCAUCGCCGUGCAGCUGCUGCAGAAAGACGGGCGCAAGACCGGCUCCACGCACCUGUACAUCGCAUUCCAAAUCUUCGCAGUGCCUAAGUGGCACGAGGACCGGUCCGCUCCCUUCGGCCGCAAGUUUUUCAACAAGGAGGCGGUGUUCGAGUCGGGGAACUACAUCAACACGCGUGCGAUCUCCCGCCGGACACAGCUGCCGCCGGGCCAGUAUGUCAUCGUGCCCAGCACCUUCAACCAGAACGAGGAGAGAGGAUUCUUCCUCCGCAUCUUCGCACGGAAGGCCAACCUGUCUAGAGAGAAUGCCCGCACUAUCAACGACUUCGAUCCAACGAUAAACAGGACGGAGACGGAUGGUGCCACCGCCCAUCGACGUAACUCGGAGAUCCUGCGUGAAGUCACUGAUACUAGCACGACCUUGAGUGCCCCAGAAUUCAUGACGGUCUUCAAUUCAGGUUAGUGAGCCCACGAGGCGAGAGCAGUGAACUCUUUCUCCAGCCAAUACUGUGUG